AUUCAAACUUUUGACCAAAUUACCAAUUAUCCCCAACGGCUCCAAACCCAAAAUUCCAUUCUUUAUUUUUUCCUACUCUGACUCCCUCUCUUCACUCCACGCGCACAAUUAUAAAUUACUCUCUCUCUCUUUAUAGCCGUUACAACCUCUCUCUCUCUCUCUCUCUCUCUUUCUCUCUGUAACAAUGGCGAGUGACUCAGGCUCUUCACUUGUAAAAGACACAAACACAAUGCCCUCUGUUUCUUCUUCUUCUUCUUGCUUUUCACUGAAGCGGAAGAGGCCCCCCAAGAUUGAGAUCCCAAAUGUGUUGCAAGAAAUGCCAACAGAGAAGUUCACGUCCCAAGACUCCACGACCCAACAAGACCCCGUUUGCGUAUUCUCUGAGAUUGGCUUUGUUGGGGUUUCCUCCGUUAAAGGCAAGAAGAAGUUCAUGGAAGACACCCACAAGAUCCUUCCUUGCAUAAAUGGCAACAACUCAAACAAAGGGUUCUUUGGUGUAUAUGAUGGACAUGGAGGUAAGAAAGCUGCAGAGUUUGUUGCUGAGAAUUUACAUACUAACAUUCUUCAAAUGAUGGAGAAUUGUGAAGAACCCAUGUCAAAGGAAGAGGCAGUUAAAGCUGGUUAUCUGAAAACGGAUCAGGAGUUCUUGAAGCAGGGUUUAGGCAGCGGUGCUUGUUGUGUCACAGCCUUGAUUGAAGGGCAGGAGGUUCUUAUUUCAAACUUGGGAGAUUGCAGGGCUGUUCUUUGUAGAGGUGGAGUUGCAGAAGCUCUUACAAGAGAUCAUAGAGUAGAACAAGAGGAUGAACAGAAAAGAAUAGAGGAUAAGGGAGGAUAUGUCGAGUUUCAUCGAGGAGCAUGGAGAGUUCAUGGGAUACUUUGUGUUUCUAGAAGCAUAGGAGAUGCUCAUCUAAAAGACUGGGUACUAGCUGAGCCUGAUGCAAAGAUUUUAAAGCUGACGCCAGACAUGGAAUUCCUUGUCUUGGCUUCUGAUGGACUAUGGGAAGAGGUUGGCAACCAAGAAACCGUCGAUAAAAUCAAACAAUUUUGUACUGUUGAAAAGCAAUUGGGCCCAUCAAGUGAUCUUCAGAAAGAUUAUGAUGAUGACAAUUUCGGCUGUGUGAAUGUGAGUCCAUCAUCAAAGUUACGUAGGAUUUCACUGGUUAAGCAACCUAAAGGGAUGAUGGGUCAGUCUCCGAGCUAUAAGAAAACCAUAAAUAGAAGGAAAGCUAACAAAGAUGAUUUUGCUAAUGAAAAUGAAAGUCCUCCAUCAAAGUCACGAAGAAUAUCAUUGGUCAAGGGAGUAAAUAUGAAAACCAUGUCUCCAACUAAAGAGAGCAUUAGCUAUAAGAUGAGUAAAACUACCUCAAAUGGACUUGUUGCUGCUUGUGAGGAGCUUGUGAACCUUGCUGUGAGUAGGGGUAGCUUAGAUGAUAUCACUGUUAUGAUAAUUGAUCUGAACCACUUCAGAUGUAUUCCUGCUUGCUUUUCAUCUGGUGAGAGGCCAGCUGAUGAUCCAGCAACUGUAAUCAGGUCAGGCCAAAGUUUAGUUAUGUCAGUGUACCAAACAAAGAUUGCCGGUAAGUGUCGUCUGAUCACCAUUACAUGGUGCAAGAAUAUGUUACUACAUGGCCUAUCUGUUUCAGUUGAAGGACUAGAUGGGGAUGAGCAUCAUAGGUGCAAGGUAGAACUCAAGCCGUGGUACUUUUGGAGGAAACAAGGCUCCAAGAAAUUUAUGGUUGAUGGUAAGACAGUCUAUGUGGUUUGGGACCUUAAAGCUGCAAUAUUCAAUGGCAAGAUUGAGCCACAAUCAGGUUACUAUGUUGCCAUUGUUUGCGAAGAAGAGGUGGUGUUAAUUGUUGGUGAUCUAAAGAAAGAUGCCUUUCGAAAAACAGGUUGUAGGCCGGCUCUCAUCGAGCCAAUGUUGGUUACAAGGAAGGAACAUGUGUUUGGAAGAAAGAAAUUCUCCACAAGGGCCAAAUUUCAAGAGAAAGGUAACAUUCAUGAACUCUCUAUUGAGUACAAAAAUGCUAUUAGCAAUGACAAAUCCUUAGGUGGGUUUGAUCCACAAAUGGAGAUUAAGAUAGAUGGGAACCUAGCUGUUCAUAUUGAGCAUCUUCAAUGGAAGUUUAGAGGCAAUGAGUCCAUCAGUGUAAGCAAAACUAAAGUAGAAGUUUAUUGGGAUGUCCAUGACUGGUUCUUUAGCUCUGGUACAAGGCAUGGUCUAUUCUUAUUUAGGCCAAUUUCAUCAUCUGCAUCUCCAUCAUCAUCAUCAUCAUCAACAACAACAGCAUUGACAUCAACACAUUUGUCAACUCAUGAAGCCAGUACUGCCUCAGGAGAAGAAGUUAAUGCAUGUGGGUCUUCCAGGUUUUCCUUGUUUUUCUAUGCUUGGAGAGUAGAAUAAUCAUCAAUAUGGAUAAUCAUAAGCAUAUUGUCAUCACCAAGGAACUGAAAGGGGGGAGCUGAGCAGUCAUGUUCAUAAAAUCGCACGCAUUUUGGAUGGUAGUCAUUUGGAUUGAACUCCUACAAAGAGAAGCAAAGAAAGAGAAAAGGUUGGUGUUAGAAGCAUAGUGACCAAACAUGAGGGCCCAAAGUGAGUUGGUAUUUAGCUACAGGCUACAGCUGGGAAUGGAUUGAAUAAUAUGGACAUGAUUGGACAGGCCAGAUGGGAUCACAUUUAUCUGCCUAGUUCAAUGAUUCUCCAUCUCCAUUACCCAUUCUGAAUUUAGAGUUGCUCUAUAAUGUGUUUUGUUUUUGAUUUUUUUGGGUUCUUGUGUACGAAAAGAAAAAUAGUUAACAAAGACUCACAUAGGUGACCGAAGCACCAAAUAUAAGAACAUGUACACAUAUGAUAUAUUUAUGUAUAUGGGAUAAGCCGUUGUUUUUUUC